AUGGAAACCUGCGGCGCGAAAUCAAAAAGUACAGGAGACAUCAUGGGAGGCAAACUGAGCAAGAAAAGAAAAGGAUAUGAUGUGAGUGACCCCAAAGAAAAAAAAGAGGAGGCCCCUGCAGCAGAAGCCGGUCCAGAGGAGUCUGCUAAAGGGGACGAUGGAGCCACACCCACAGGAGCAGAGCCGACAGCCGUGGACGACAAAGCUGUAGAAGAGACGGCCGUGGCCGCGGUGGCUGCGGUAAUAGAAGCCGCUGUAGCCUCUGAGGAGACCAAAUCUGCACCACCAGAAGAGCAAAGUGCCUCGGCUAAAGAGGAGGCCGCUCCGGAACAGGAGUCAGCAGCGGCCGAAAAGGCUUCGGUGACGGAACAACCGGCUCCGGUUGAGGAGGAAAAGGCCGUAGCGGCGGAUGAGGCAGCUCCAGUGGCAGCAGAGCCACCAGCAGCAGCAGUAGCAGAGACUGUAGAAGCUCCUGAAGAGCCCAAAGCUGCACCUCCGGAGGAACCGGCUGCUCCGGAGGAGACGGCUCCAGAACAGAAAUCGUCAACGGUGGGAGCAGCUCCAGUUAUGGAGGCUCCACUCGCAGAAGUGGAAGCUGCUUCUGUUGUAGAAGAGACACCGGCAGCAGCUGAGAAACCAGUUGAACAUUCACCAGAUGCAGUCCCAGAGAAGCCUUCGGCAGUGGCAGAAGAAGCAGCUCCAGCAAAGGAGGAGGCAGAGAAACCAGGGCCAGAGGAACCCACUCCAGUCAUAGAAGUAAAGGAAGAAGCAACAGAAGAGUUGCCAGUGGCCACAGUAGUUACAGAAGAAGCCGUUGGUUCGGCAUCAGAAGAACCCGUUCACGGGGAACCUGAACCAGAGUCUGCACCUGAUGUAGAAUCAGUGCCAGAGCCAGAUGUUGUUCCAGCCAGCACAGAAGCAGUACCUGAGCCAGAGCCCAUCCUGGAGUCCACUCCUGAGCCAGAGGGAUGUGCGGACGAAGCGGUAGAGCCUGCUGCCUCCUCUGAACCAGAAGCAGUGGCUGAAGCUGUGAUAGAAUCAGAAAGCACUCAGGAUCAAGCCCUCGAAGCAGAGCCUGAGCAAGAAGCUGGUCAAGCAGCAGAGAGUGUGGCAGAGCCAGAACUAAAACAGAAACCCGAGUCAGAGCCUGUGGAAGCACCUGAGCCUGAACCUGAACCAGAACAAACCACAGAGCCAGAGCAAGUGCCCGUACCAGACCAAGGGGUUCAGACAGAUUCUAAGGAAGAGGUUGACGAAGGAAAUGGGAAGGCAGAGGAACCGGCAGAGGAAGGCGAACCAGAGCCAGCGGUGGCCACAUCUGACAACAAUGAGCCCGAGACAUUGGAAGCAGAAUGUACCGAGGCCUUGGGGGCUGCAGUGGAGGUAGCAUCUGAAGAAAGUCAGUGUCCAAAAGAGGAAUCUGCCUCAGCUGGGGACCCCGGCUCUGAGGGUGCGGCAGAAAUUGUCCCCGAAAUCGUCAUCUCUGAGUCUGUCUCAGCAAACGACGUGACUGCUGAAUCCGGACAGGCAGCUGCAGCCUGCGUGGAUGAGACCCCUACCUCACAGCCCGAGGUGGAGAGCAAGAUAGAAAAUGGAGAAUUGGAGAGUCCUUCUGUUCCAGAGGAUGCCCCCGAUGCAGUACCAGAAGUGAACGGGGAGUGCGGGGAUAAUACCGCUGCUACGGCCACGCAUCCAGAGGAGUGCGUUAACGGGAACGAAAAGCUAGAGGAGACGCCCGCGAAGGAGCAGAAUGACUUUGAACUGAAAAAGGACCUGAAUGUUUGUGAGGACGUCCAGGGAGGUCUCGAUGCGGUCUCAGAUAUGGCGGAGGGUCUCGGCACUGAGGUCAGCCAGGCGGUCUGAGAGGGAAGCCAUCUUUUUACACUCCUGUGAAUUCAGUUCAAUCUCUCAGUGAUGAAAGAGCGUCAUCCAUUCAUCACAAACACAGCUAGGCUUUCUGAAAUGCUGCAACCACUGAAAUGUCUUUCACGGUAACUCAGGAAGGUGUUUUCUUUUGAGUAACCAAAAUUGAAAUGCAACCACUUGAGGAUAGAAAAUGACAGACAGAGUGAGAGCAAAAUGACUUGCUGUUUAAGUGCAGAUAGACAGUGAAGCUGGACAGCAUGCAAAAAAUACGGAACUAAAUAUGGUAUUAAUUCAUGAAUGGAAAAAUCUUUUGUGUAUUCGAGGCAGAUAGAUCAUGCAAAGUGGGUAAUUUGAGAAACAUUCAUUGUUAGCAUAUUAUUGGAUUUAGAAAAUCAUAUAACCUUUCUAUUACCAUUUGAAGCACCACCACAUAAAUGUUAUGACCUUUUGUAAUAAUGGUACCUGUAAAGACUGUUCAUUUUAAAAUGGUUGUUCAGAAUAGAGAAUAAAGAGAUUGUUUAGUCCACAGUGAUCUUCUUUUUAUGCAUUCUCCAAGCAAUCAAGUGUGUCACAAUGGCCUCAGGCUCUAGUUUACCACCACUACUUUGUCGAGCAUCGGUUUUAACUUCACAAAAGAGUUUACUUUUAGGGGGGGGAAAAUGUGCUUGCAUGUGAUUCAUACAUAAGC